AUGGAUUCCAUCAAGCAGGGCGCCAACUACGUCGCUGAGAAGGCUCAGGAGGCCACCUCUGGUACCUCCAAGGAGGCCAACAAGCAGGUCGCCAAGGACUCUGAUGCCGGCCUCGGCACCCGUGCCUCUGCUGCCAAGGACGCUAUUGGCGACAAGGCCCAGGAGAAGAAGCACGAGGGCAAGGGCGAGGCCCACAAGGAGGCCAUCUAA